AUGAAAAUAAAAUCGAUUGGCCUAACGUCUUGCAAGGUGUUUUGUUUGCAUACCGAUCUACUAUACCAAAGAGAGCCAAUUCUUCCAGUUGAUGUCAAAUAUUCACUUAACGAGUGUGGUAAUGAAAUUGAGGAAAAUGUUUUCACUGGAGAAUUUAAUGAAGACAAGUUUAAAGAAACAUUGCAGAGUAUGCUAUCAAUGAGAGAAAAAAUUCAAGACAACGUGUCGGAAAACAUUCAACACGCUCAAAACCAACAAAAAAUAUCUUAUGCCAAAAGGCAUCCUCGCGCAGAUAACGUGUUUGAAGUUGGAGAUAAAGUGUUGCUGAAAAAUCUACGACGGGAAGACAGAAAAGGAGGAUGGAGUAUUGUUGGCUAUGGUAAUUUAUAUAUUACAUUUAAUAUAAGUAUCAGAGCACGUUGCAAGGCCAAGUGUAGGGCACUUAGACUAGAAUAUAUACGAAGUUUGGAAAGUGAUGUGAAAAUUAAAGUAUUGAGUCAUCCGUAUAAGAUACAAAAAAUUAUUGGUGAUGGAAAUUGUUUAUUUCGAGCUUUUUCUUAUUUAGUAACUGGUACUGAAGAACAGCAUUUAACCAUCAGACAAAAUAUAGCAACCGUUGUAAACACAAAUCAAAAAAUACUGAGGUAUGUAGGUGGUGAAGAACAGCUGCAGUCAUAUUUAAAAAAAAAUAAAAUAGAAAAUGAAGGAGUUUGGGGUACUGAUACUGAAAUAUUUGCUGCUGCAAUUUAUUUUAAAACAUCAGUGUAUGUAUAUUGUACUCAAACACACACUUGGCAGCUUUUUAGUAAGGAAAUUAAUUUGAAAAAUGCAUUGAAACGAGGAGAAAAAUGUUUGUACCUGGUAAACCAAAACAACACCCAUUAUGAAGUGGUUAUAGAUGUGACUGAUAUUGAUUGACUAAUAAGUUCUUAAUUAAUUAUAAGAUAGUAUUUUUUAAAUUUUUACUUUUGUAACAGGCUUGGCUGUUUUUUGUUCAGAGCCAUUAAAUGAAUAUUUAUAGUAUUUAUAUAAGUGUAUAUUUGAUGUUAAAAUGUUAAGUUUUACUUGUUUAUUUAUUUCAUAGUUUUUUGUAUUAAUUUAUUUAACAGUUUUUCAUCUUAAUUUUUUAUUUUUGUUUCAAAUUGACAUAGCUGCUUCUUACGCAGAGCCUA